AUGCAGCUGCUAGCCCCGUCAAAAGCUUACCAAUGUGUUGCAGAAGAUGCCUCAGGAUGGCAGACCUUCAGUGAAGAUGCUGUGCUGCUGCCAAGCAUUCCUAUCCCAGCAGGAGUCAAUUCAAACAAAGAAUUGGUGGUGGAGGAAAAAAAAUCUCUUGCGGAUUCAGAAGCUUCGCAUGAUGUUGGCGUAAAGAGUUGGUUUCAGAGCAUUUGGCUGGGAGACCAGGCUCGCCGGAGGCUCUCCUUGGUGGUGGAGUUGGGCAUUGGCUUCCCGCUGUGUCCUGGUGGCAAGGGAGUUCUAUUGUGUUACUUAGAAAGAAGGAAAACACCCCCCAAUGUGAUGGUGAUGUUCAGGAAACCAUGUGAUAAUUAUAGCAAAUGCAUGGGGGAAUUUAUCUGUUUUGUUCUUACAGUAAAAAAACCUUGUAGGAGAGCAGACUUUCUUGCAUCAAAAAAAGCUGCAACUGUUGAUCAAGAUCACAAGUUUAGAUGCAAGUUCUUGAACUGUUCAAAAUCUUUCCGCAAAGCCAAGUUAUUGCAUUAUCACAUGAAAUACUUUCAUGGAGUGGAGAAGGCUGCAGAAUCACAGCAGAACCCUGUAAAAAGAAAUAUUCAAACCAGAGCUUCUUUGGCUUCUGAAAAAGCUAAUCAAGAAAGGUCAAAAAGAGGACGGACCACAGCUGGUUCAUUGUAUGCUCCUCUACACAUAGCCCUAAGGAAUACCCCAUAUAGAGAUGUAAAAAUAGAAAAGAGAAGAACUUCAACUGCUGUAAGUGCAUUAAAUAGUCACCGACAUACUGUUAGAGAACAGACCAAGAACCACAUAGUGAGAUCGCUGCGGAAGCCUCAAGAAAAAGGAGUUGAAAAUGCUGUUAAAGAACAUGAGAAGAACAAAGAAAGAAAAUCCAAAGACUAUGGAAGGUCCAAGUCAAAGAAAAAGAAAAAAAAGAAAAAGAGAACUAAGCCUGAAUACUCUGGCAGUGAAGAAAACACAGAUAUUUUGCAGGAGCUGUCUCUUGAAAAAUCAGUUGUCACAAAAAGUAUUUCUUCAAAUAAAUCCCGCCCAAGCACAUUGCUACACUGCUCUGAUUCUGGACAGCACAGAGGAAAAUCAAAAACAAAUGAGGAUGACACCCUGAGUGAGUCAUCUAUGGAUAGCUUGCUUUGGAGUGAUGAUGACUGCAGUCAGGAUGUUGAUGUAACCACGAACCCUGAUGAAGAAGUUGAAGAAAGUGAUUUUGAGAUUGUUCGGUGUGUUUGUGAAGUAAAAGAAGAAAAUGACUUCAUGAUUCAGUGUGAAGAGUGUCUGUGCUGGCAGCAUGGAGUCUGUAUGGGUUUACUGGAAGAUAAUGUACCUGAGAAAUAUACCUGCUAUAUUUGCCAAGAUCCUCCAGGUCAGAGGUCCAGCUUAAAGUACUGGUAUGAGAAGGAGUGGUUAAGUAAUGGUCACAUGCAUGGCUUAGCAUUUUUGGAAGAAAAUUAUUCCCACCAGAAUGCCAAGAAGAUAGUAGCCACUCACCAACUUCUUGGCGAUGUACAGAGAGUGAUAGAAGUACUGCAUGGACUGCAGCUGAAGAUGAGCAUAUUACAAAAUAAAGAACAUCCUGACCUAAAGCUGUGGUGCCAUCCAUGGAAGCACAUUACGAUGGAUGAAAAAAUUCAUACAAAACACAUCAUUCACAUUGAGGAAAACUGUUGCAAAGAGGAGACGGCCAGUUAUAGAACUUGGAAUGGGACAGUUGAGAAACCUUCAACCAUUCCUUCUGCAGAGGAAUCUUACAUUACAAGUGAACACUGUUACCAGAAACCUCGGGCCUACUACCCUGCGAUAGAGCAGAGAUUGGUUGUGGAAACAAGAGGUUCAGCUUUGGAUGAUGGAGUAAAUAGAAUAAGGGAAAAUGGGGAUGAUGCCCUGUCAGAGAGAUUUGGCUGGAAUCUGGACCGAGAAGUAUGCAAGAUGGAAAAUGAAUCCAAACACAAUUCUAAGGUAAGAGAGUCUGUCUCUAAGAAAGUCUCUCCAGAGGAAGCUAUUGAAAUGAAGUUGCUGGAAAAAGACGAAGGAGUUGUGAACUCGCAGCUGCAGUGGCAGCUUAAUCUUUUAGCUCAUGUGGAAUCUCUGCAAGAUGAAGUCAUACACAGAAUGGAUUUCAUUGAGAAGGAGCUAGAUGUUUUGGAGAGUUGGCUGGAUUAUACAGGAGAGCUGGAACCACCAGAACCACUAGCUCGACUACCACAACUCAAACAUUGUAUAAAGCAGCUUAUAACGGACCUAGGCAAAGUGCAGCAGAUUGCACUUUGCUGCUCAACAUGAGACUAAAAAACGUCGGAGACUGUUACUGAGUGUAAAGUUGGAGCAUCUGAUGUGAACAGCUCUGUAUAUUUAAAUUAAAUUAGCAUGCUAGUUGCAUGUGAUGCAGAUUGACUUCAGGGAUUUGUGAAGAAGUCCUGUUUAAAGAACAGCAGAAAGGUUAUUU